GCCGGUGAAAAUCCCCCGUGGCCGCGGGAGCGGCGGUGGCGGCGCGGCCCCGCGGCCCGGCCCGGCCCGCACCAUGGCCAAGCACCACCGCACGCCGGCGCGCUCCGCCGAGCCCGUCAUAGAGGUCAAGAGCAAGUUUGACGCUGAAUUUCGCCGCUUUGCCAUGAAGCGCUCCAGCGCCGGCAGCUUCCAGGACUUCUACCAGCUGCUGCAGACAGUGCACCAGAUCCCGCGGGUGGAUGUGCUCCUGGGCUACACAGACAUCCACGGGGACCUCCUGCCCAUCAACAACGACGACAACUACCACAAAGCCCUGUCCUCUGCCAACCCCCUCCUCAGGGUCAUCAUCCAGAAGAAGGCAGAGUCUGACGCCAGCGUCUUCGCCUCCAACUCCCUGCAGCGGAAGAAGAAGGGGCUGCUGCGGCCAGCGCACUACCGGGCCAAGCCUCACCUGCUGAUCGGGAUGCCCCAGGACUUCCGCCAGAUCUCCUCCAUCAUCGACGUGGACAUCCUGCCCGAGACGCACCGGCGCGUGCGGCUGCACAAGCACGGCUCCGACAAACCGCUGGGCUUCUACAUCCGCGACGGCGUCAGCGUGCGCGUGGCCCCGCAGGGCGUCGAGAAGGUGCCCGGCAUCUUCAUCUCCCGCCUGGUGAAGGGCGGCCUGGCCGAGAGCACGGGGCUGCUGGCGGUCAGCGACGAGAUCCUCGAGGUGAACGGCAUCGACGUGGCCGGCAAGUCGCUGGACCAGGUGACGGACAUGAUGGUGGCCAACAGCCACAACCUGAUCAUCACCGUCAAGCCGGCCAACCAGCGCAACAACGUCAUCCGCAGCAGCAAGGCCUCGGGCAGCUCCGGCGUGUCCACGGACAGCACCCCCAGCCAGCAGACCCCCAGCCCGGCCUCGCAGUACCUGAGCAACUACAGCACGGCCGAGAGCGACGAGGAGGGAGACCUGGUCAUCGAGAGCGACAGCGCCUCGCACUACAUCCCCGGGGGCUGCCCCAACGGGGGCCCCGCUGACGGAGCCCUGCGGAGGAGCCUGUCCCCACACAGCUCACGGGGCUCCCUGCAGUCCCUGGGCAGCCACGACGGCAGCCCUGGCAGGGGCAGCGCACGGGAGGAUGGCACCCUCCUCACCCUAUAGCCACAGGGGCCCGUGAUGGGGUUCUGCUGAUCUGGAUGUGGACACCAGGGUGAUGAUGUGGCCAGCGGGCAGGGGUGGAGAGGGGCUGCCCUCUGCCUUCUCCCACCCCCUGUGACCCCAGGAGCCCCACUGUGGGACCCACUCGAGCUGGGCACUGCCCCUCUGAGCGCCCUUGCCUCCUCUUCCAAGCAAGCAGGGGUUUUUAAUUGUUUUAUUGAAAUAUGCAUCAUUAAUAUAUUGCAAUGGACAGUAAAACUUUUUCUAGAAAGCA